CUCAUCCCAAGCCUCGAUGAAGGACGUGAGUGACGCGGGGGAGGAGUUUGGAGAAAAACAAGUCAUGCGAGCUUCUGCGACACCACGGCUCCGGAAACCCUCGUUGUAUUUCACUGUAGAAACCCAGAGCCGAGUGUCCCCUCUCCGCCACCCUAUCAAAUUGGGGCCUGAUGCCGUGUGUCGAAGGUGCUCCAAACCAAAAGGGAAGGAGGAAGAGUGACAAGGCCUUGGCUAACGUACGUCAGUAGAUGUUUUUGGAUCCUAUCGUGGUCAAGGUGUGUGACCGCAGUGGCGGCGCAGAAGUCACCAGGAUGAUCCAGGUCCCGCCAACGUGGCAGGUAGGUGAGAUACACUGACUGAUCUGCCUGUAGAUGGCAGAUUGGGAUCCGCUCGCCUGGAUCGUCGUGUGUUUGUUCGUUUGUUCGUGGUGCCUGCAGGAACCACAGUUCGUUCAGUACGUCAAAGACUUAUUCAACAUCCAGUAUGAUUUCCUCGUGAAGGACAGCACAGGUAGGCACAGACAGGCGGACAGAGAGCAGACAGACAGCACACACCAACGCGCAAGUUAGAACCGAGACCAUCUGUGAUUCUCGUUCUCGCUCAGAUGUGUUCACCCCUGUGGCUUCCUUCAAGGAGGGCGAGACCUACUUCAUCGAGCGCACCGGCACUUCGGCUGCGGCUGCAGCUGAUACAGUGGCUGCGUCGGGGCCGUCACAGACACCUGCCUGUCUGACGUAGGCGAUGUGUGUUGCUUUGGUCUGCCUGAACAAACCUGGUCUCUCCUGUCUUCUUUUUCGUUCAGACCAUCUGCACUUGCGCCUUCCGGACGCAGAGAAGCUACUCCUGGUUGGGGAAUUCUUCAACUGUGGCCUCGGCCUCUUCGCCUUCAGCGUGUGCUUCCUCUGUCGUGAGCCCAUUCGGAAGGCUGUGGGAGAGGUCCUUUGGGACCUCACGCUCGUCUUCAAAGGACCCAGCACCUGUUUCUGCCCGCGUCCGUGGGUGCGAUCCUCUCGGGGAUCUGCCGCUGCUGCUGUCUUUGCCGGACACCGCCAGCAACCUCGCCAGCAGCAAGAAUCGCUGUCGAGUCUGACAGACAUGCGGGAACAGCUUCUGAGCAUGCCGCAGACGAAGUGUCCGUCGAAGCUACCCUCCUCAUGAGCGAGGAGCCUGUCGGCCCGCUCGACAACGAACACGCCAUCGUACAGUGAGAUCUACCGGCUGCUCUAUUCGUUGUCUGGUUGGUGACGAGGAGCCGGCGGCUGUGCUGCAAGCGCACCGCACGGUGAGAGGGCGGCGUUAUAUCGCUGAUGGACUGAGUCACUCUUACGCUGUCUUAAUUGCCAGCCUCUCAACAGUCCUUCCCGUGCUCGGCUCUCCCGUCCCGUUUGUGUUCAGGCCAAGCUCCUUCGCCCAUCCGCACCUCCAGCACGGCGAGGUGGGCUCGCCGACCCCGACGUGCGUCCCAUCUCCCACUGCAGUCAGACACUACCUACCGUAGAAAAUGGCGUUUGGGCGCAGCGGCAAUGACCCCUCGCGCAGCACACCAAGGGAGAAGGUGAGAGUGAGGGCGGGGUGGAAGUGUGUGUGGCACAAACAGGCAGGUGGCUACAAUACACAUCUAUGCGUGUGAUGAUAUUCGUCACUCACGGGUUCUUUAUGAAUCGACACAUGUACUGAACUUCUGUCGCUGUCUGACGCAUCCACUAACGUCAUCGUGUCCGAAACAUGUGCGUGUCCCUGCGUGUGUCGCACGGAUGCCAUCUUUGUUGGUUCCGUUCUGUGUUUCCUCUGUGUGUGUCAGGGCUGAUUGGUACACGCGGCUCGGCUGGGGAUCCUGGUGUGUCGCAGAGGCUUCGCAGAGUCGACGUGAAGCCGAUGGCUUGCGGCACCGACGAGAAGGCUCACCGUUUGGGUAUUGGGGCUCAUUCCCCUUCCCCAAGACAGACAGAUCAGGGAGGUGUACAUUGUACAUCUAGCUAUCUAUGUGUGUGUUUGACGUGGUUGGCUGGCUGGCUCUAUGGGUCCAUCUACGACUGGUUUCAUGGAUGCUGCGUAGCUAGCUACAGACAUUUAAUUAUGCUACGUGCGUGUGUAGCCGAUAAAAUGCC